AUGGGUGGGGUUCACACCUACCCCAGCGGCAACACCUCAGUGCAGCGCGUGGGGCGCAUGGUGAGCAUGCUGUACACGCCCGCCACCAGCUUCCCAUCUUCCCUGUCCCCAUCGCCCCCAUCUCCCCCAUCUCCCCUCCACAUCCCCCAUCUCCCCCAUCCCACCCAGUUCACCUACCCCAGCGGCAACACCACGGUGCAGCGCGUGGGGCGCAUGGUGAGCAUGCUGUACACGCCCGCCACCAGCUUCUACCACUCCAUCAUCGAGUGGGUGCCGCAGUGGCUCGUGCUGAGAGAACUGUUGCAGGAGCACCCCAACAUUCUCAUUGUCAUGCGCGCUGCUCAGGUGAGCGCGCUGCUCAGAUGUGAGGCGAGGCAGUACACCAGCUUCUACCACUCCAUCAUCGAGUGGGUGCCGCAGUGGCUCGUGCUGAGGGAACUGCUGGAAGAACAUCCCAACAUCCUUAUCGUGAUGCGCGCUGCUCAGCUGCAGCUGUACAACAGCACGUUGAAGCACAUAGUGGGAGUGGAGCCAGCGCACAUGAACCUGCUCGUGCUUGAUUGGCAGCACCGCAACACCCUCUUCCUUGCACAGGCGCUUUACCAGCCUGUCUACCGCUGCUGCGGCCGGGCCACACCCACCAUCUGGCGCUUCCUCCGCCGAAACUUUUUCCUUCCGCCCGACGGGCUGCCCAUUUUCGAGCCCGAAACUUUCCGCCUCCGCCGAACCUCCCCACUAAGCUACCAAGACAUAACAGACUUACUUAGCCAGCGUGAGGAGCAGCAGUCACAACAUCCCCGGCGGCUCGACGUGCUUAAGCCCGGACCUGUGCCGAGCCUUGCGGAGACGUUUGGGAUGACGACGGGGCUGAACUGGGUGACGAUCCUGGUUCGGAGGCCCGGAAAUCUGUCGAGGAAUUUGGAGGAGAGUGUGUAUGAGAGGGUGGAGGGGUGGAUGAGGAAGGAGUUUGGGGAGAGGCGAGUGGUGGUGUUUGAUGGAAGUCUGCGUCUCAUGGAAGCCCGGGCUCUCUUCCGCCGAGCCGCCCUAUUGGUCGGCACGCACGGGGCCGCCCUGACCAACCUCCUCUUCAUGCCACGUGGCGCCUUCCUACUGGAAAUCCGCCCCCGGGGUUACCCCAACGCGUGUUACCACCACCUAGCCAGCGUGUCGCAGAUGCACUAUUGGCUGCUGCUGGGGAAUGGGACAAAAGACUCCGCCCUGCAAGUGGACACAGGGGAGGUGUUAUCUACGAUAAGGGAAGUUGCUGGGAAGGUGUUUGCUGCUCUGAGGGGAGAGCCGAAAGACGUGGGGGAGAGAUUGGGGGAGAGAGCAAAAGGGGGAGAGGAAGGGACGGAAAAGAAAACAAAGGAGGGGAGCAUUGCAGGGGUAAAGAUCGGAGGGAAAGAGAUUGGCAGCAGUGGUGGUGCCGCUGCCAACAAAUCCGCGCUGCUCUCUCCCACGUCCUGCUCAAACCUGCCUCAGUUCGGCCGCAUGCUGAGAUCGGCGCUCUCAGAGGCGCCCGUGAAAGGCGGGCUGCAGGCCGCAGGGGAUGCGCGGUGGCGGCGGUGGGUUGGGGGGGAGGCGGAGUGGCGAAUGGGCGGGACUCUGUUUGUGCCUCUGACGCACCAGACCACCAACGUGGCACACUUUCUAGGCAAGGCGGCACAUAUUCUUCUCGUGAACAACGUGACAGUUAAGAGCGGCCUGCCACGUGUCGAUCGGUUCUUGCUCCCCCGUGCCGACUGGACCGUGCACAGAAUGAAGGAGCACGGACCACACGGCUGGCUGCCAUCAAUGCUGCACCUCCUCCUCCGCAUGGCACUCGAGCCUCUCCUCCCCACCUCCCUCCUCCCCUCCCUCCUCGCCUCCAUCUCGCCUUCCUCCCUCCUCUCCCCCGGCCCUCUGGCUGGAGGGCGGGUGGAGUUUGAGGGGCAGUUGAAUGCUGCAAGCGAUGAGAGGCCCAUGUGCUUCCAGACACUCGUGGUGCCCGGAUUUCUCAAGGGUGAGUUUGAGGGGCAGUUGAAUGCAGCCAGCGAUGAGAGGCCCAUGUGCUUCCAGACCCUUGUUGUGCCUGGCUUUCUUAAGGUACGCCUGUCUUCCCUCAUCAAGGCCAUCACAUUCAAUGGCAUGGCGGAGGAGGCAGAGCUGGUGAGGCAGCGACUGAGAGAGGUGUUUCUCUUUUCACCUCUCCCCCGCAUUCCAACUCUGACCUUCCUGCACCUCAACUGCCCCCUCCCACUCCCCAUCCCUCCAGGCCAUCACAUUCAAUGGCAUGGCGGAGGAGGCAGAGCUGGUGAGGCAGCGACUGAGAGAGGUGUUUCUCUUUUCACCUCUCCCCCGCAUUCCAACUCUGACCUUCCUGCACCCAACUGCCCCCUCCCACUCCCCAUCCCUCCAGGCCAUCACAUUCAAUGGCAUGGCGGAGGAGGCAGAGCUGGUGAGGCAGCGAUUGAGAGAGGUUGCCUCUUGCCGCUUCCUUCCUUCAAUUACCCCUUGUACCUCACCAACUCCCCACAUCUCUCCCUUCCCCUCCAGGCCAUCACAUUCAACGGUAUGGCGGAGGAGGCAGAGGUGGUGAGGCAGCGACUGAGGGAGGUGUUUCUCACUCCCGACGGCCAACCGGUGCCCGAUAUCAUGGCCGCGAGCUCUGGUGGUGGUGGAAGUGCUGGUGCGAUCGAAUGUGUGUAUAAGUGUGUGGGUUGGGGAGGUGUAUAUGGCAUCAAUGCAUGGGUCACGGGUGCAGCUGCUGUCUGUGACGCGCAACGACACCAUGACGACUGGGAGGAGGGUCAUGCACGCAGUGACUUCUGA